AUGCCAACGUCUACUACUUGCAGGACGGAGUCAAAUCCUAAUGCUAGUAGUACAAACAAUCUUCCGGGAACGGCGCCUCUGCUGCCACCGGUUCGCGAUGAGGGAGUGAAAAACAACCAAACCGUAAACCUAGGUGGCGGAAUGUCUCUCCUGGAAAGAAACAAACUUCCGGAGUUGCCAACUCUGCUGCCACCGGCUAGCGGCGAGGUAGUCAAGAACGACCAAACCGCCAACCAAGGUGACGGAACGUCUCUCCCGGAAGGAAGUAUGAAAAUGUGUGCAAAGGGGACUGUGUCGCUGCUGCCACCGGUCUGUAUCACAGGCCAAGGUGACGGGGCACCCAAACCAGGAAACAACAAUGUCCAAGGGGGGGGAGGCAGGGAUGCUAUUAGCAACUCUGUCUCUACCUCCAAUGCCCGUAAUACCAGUGAUACGGGGAAGAAUAUCGUGCCGGGAGGGGUUAGUGAUACUAAAACCGCUGGCCACGAUAAGUCAUCCUCGAAUCCAGCUGCUCCUUCCCUUGGUGGAGCUGCAGUUCUGAACAAGAACUCCAGCUCGGCCAAGGAAGGGGGCAAAACGAGAUCCAGACCCGCUAAUGAGCGUCGCCGAGCGAUGAAGAUCAUCGAACUCGAUGCUGAAAAAGCCCCGGGGGAGAGAAGUCGUUCUGAACUCGGCAAGCUCAAGUGGGCGAGGAAAGUGAUGGAGAGGAUCAGCAAAGACACUACGUCUAAGCGUGAAAGGUCCUUUGAGGAAGAAAAUCCUCAACCCAAAAAAGCAAGGGUGUUGGAUGGCGUACCACCGACACUUCGAAUUGGGAAUACCUUUAGUGACAUGGUCAAAGAAAAGGUUACUGUUGCGGUCAUCGACAGAGGCAAUUUAGAUGGAAACAUCUCGCCUGAUCAUUGGGCGGACGUCAGGGCUCACCUCGGGUUCAGGUUUAUCCCUGUUCUCGAGGCGAACCCAGGCCCCCUUCCAAAGGUAAGCGACGGACGAUGGCACCAAAAUAGGGUCAAACUCAUCGUUUGCGAUGAUCAGAGAUCGUUACAUCUCUAUAAGCUUGCUGUGGGUGAUUUGGGUGAGAUCUGGCCAGGUGCUAAGCUGGAGGUUGUGCCAAGGGAGGAAAUCCCCUGCAGGCCAAGAGCUCGUAUUCUGGUCCCGGCCUUACACACGUCACCAGAGAUGGUUCUCCGACUGAUUCAAUUCAGUAACCCUUCGAUGCCCACUCACGACUGGAAAGUCCCAAUCAUCGAAGAAGAGCCGGUGGGGCGCUAUCGUUCUGCUCUUGUUAUUAUUAACAAAGAAUCACUGGAUCCUCUGGCUGCAACCGGGGGAGUUAUCCAGUAUGGAUUUGAUAGCCUUGUGCUAAAAAUUUACAAAAAAGAUGAGGAGAUGGCAAGGCUUGCAGGCCAUACGGCGGAGUCUGAAAUGGAGGAAUUGGGCAUAUGUAAAGCACUUUCAGCAAUGGAAGUGGAUGCAUCAUGCAGCUCUUCCAUUCCAGAUCAGUCGUCAUCUUCGACAGUUCCCGAAGAGGGAACAAAACAAACCCCAGUGUCAGUAAAUGACACGAACCAAAACCCAGCGUCCGAAAAGGACGCGAAAACAAUAUCUUCCGUAUUGGAAGAUGAUGAGAUGGCUGGAAGUUUGUCCGAUAUGGACACUGGCAGCGUUGCGCAGGAGGAUCUUCUAUCUGAGGAUGAGUUAUUAAACUCUACCUCAGAAACGGAAGACCUAAAUGCCACAGUGGUGGAGGUUGAUCGUACUGGUUGUAGCCAUGCUGCAGGUAGUACAGAUUAAUCUCCAACACUCCAUAAAGGUUUCGGCCGCCCUUCUUCUCCGACUAAGCAAGUCCGGAGAGGAUAUAGUCCUGAUCCAGGAACCUUGGAUUGUAAAAUCCUUGGUGAGAGGCCUCGGGACGAAAGAUUAUUCUCUGCUGUAUGUGACGGAUAAAGGUGAGCCUAGAUCCUGCAUACUAGCAAAGAAAACACUAACAGUAUUUUUACUACCUAAUUACAGCGAUCGUGAUAUCACAACCGCUACACUGCAGACCUCCAAAGGAACAUAUUGGAUUACGUCUGCUUACCUAGGCCAUGAUUGUGGGCCGCCUCCGGGGGAGACACUUGGGCGAAUGAUCGCAGCAGCAGCGAGCCAAAAAGUAGAUCUCCUCAUUGGCAGUGAUGCUAAUGCUCAUCACACAGUGUGGGGGAGUACUGACGUAAAUGAAAGAGGUGAGUCACUUUUUGAUUUUAUUCUAAGUACUAGUCUCCUUAUUUGUAAUAUUGGUAAUGAACCUACCUUUGUCACAAAGAACCGACAAGAGGUAUUGGACAUUACCCUUAUAUCACAAACAAUUCACCACAAGAUAAGGAAUUGGGCUGUAUCUAAUGAUCACUCAUUCUCAGAUCAUAGGUAUAUCCAAUUUAGUCUCGAAGAUGAAUGCACAAAACCCACCGGUUUUCGUAAUUAUAGGAAAACGGAUUGGGUGAAAUAUAGGGAAACUUUUACUACCUGCUACGAUAAUCAGGACAAUAUUUUUCCUUCUAA